AAAUUUAUGGAAACGAAGGAUUGCUAACAACGUCAGGGAUGAUACCAGCCCACGUUUAUCAUCCUGCAUGAAUGAAUGAUGCAAGAUCUCGUAUCCUAUCACACGAACUCUAUCCGCUCCUACCCCACCAUGACAUCCGAAGAAAUGCAGUACCGGCCAGGUCCAUUUCUAACUAUUUUGCUAUCAUGAUUUCUCUACUAUCUUAAGUCUCGACAAGGUACACAUAUAUUCUGUUCAACAAUGGCUUCUGCAUCUUUAUUCCCGUCUGCUUCUAAGGAAGAACUCGUGAAGGAAUAUGUGGGUAAAUCACUACAUGACGUACCUUGCCCGGCAGUUGUACUUGAUAUAUCGAAGUUGAAGAGGAACUGUACUGCUAUGCUUGAGACAGUAGAGUCUUUACAGUGCGGGUGGAGAGCCCAUAUAAAAACCCAUAAGGUAUAUAUAUUUGGUAGAGUUCUUGCCUCUUGCAUUCACCUCGUCUUCAUCCACAUCAGUAGGGUUGCUGUUGACCAGAGAGCGGUGUCCUAUUGUAUUUGUAAUGCUGUUGUUUGGGUUUGGAACAAGCAUUGACUGGGACCUUUUUCUUUUUAUAAGCACGUUUUCAAUAUUUACACUGACCAAAAUGAAAGACAACCGAAUUGACGAGGUUACAAGUCGGGGAUGGAACUGGACCAGUCAACAUCGUCGUUUCAACGAUAGUAGAGGCUGAAAAUAUUGUCCCUCUACUCCUAGAAUACAAGAAUAAGGGAAGAGCCGUCAACGUGAGUUCACCAUCGCUCACCCACACGUAAAUAUUAUCUUUACACAUACUAGGUACUAUAUAGCUUUCCCCUCACCUCAAGCGCAGUCGACCGAUUAUCAGGGGUUGCUACAGCUCUUGGACCUAAUGGUCUAUCUCUCAUGAUUGAUCACCCAUCCCAGCUUCGCUCUGUUGCCGCCAUUCAUGCCAAGACAAGCAUAGCACCUCUUAUCUUCAUCAAGAUUGACAUGGGAGGCCACAGAGCUGGUGUCAUUCCCAGUACAGACAUCUGCUCUCAACUAAUCGCCUCCGUCAUAUCUCUGGCCAAUCGCAAUGUAUGUAUCCUCCAUGGACUUUACUCGCAUGCCGGACACUCCUAUUCCUCCAACUCUCAAACCGCUGCCCUCGACUAUCUUCGCCAAGAGUUCGAAGCCCUCCUCAUUACCUCUGGAGAAGUACACUCGGCAGCUGGUACUGUAUUUCCUCUCAUGCUUUCUGUAGGGGCUACUCCAACUUCUAGUGCCAUUCGCAACCUCCUCCUCCCGUCCAUUUCCUCCGAAGGAUCGAAUGAAAUUUCAGUUCUAAAGGCUACCAUGAUAGCCAUUCGUGAUGUAGGCUGUGAGAUUGAAAUUCACGCUGGAGUGUAUCCAAUGCUUGACAUGCAGCAAUUAGCUACCCACGCGUUGCCUGAAGAGAUACUUAGCGUAAGCUUUCAUUCCUGCUUUAAUUUAUCAGUACUAUGAACUAACACACGCAAAGUGGUCUUCCGUAGCCAUCACAGUCCUAGCAGAAAUCGCCUCGCUCUACCCUUCCCGAGGCGCGGCAGGCUCUCCCGAGGCCCUCAUCACAGCCGGUUCUCUUGCACUUGGUCGCGAACCAUGUAAGGCUUAUUCCGGCUGGGGAAUCGUCUCACCAUGGAACCGCGAUUCUUUUGCUUUGCCCAACACAGGCCCUGAAGCCUACUCUGGCGUAUGUAUCUCCUCCUUCCCUCUCCAUCCUCAUUUCAAGCUCUUAUCAUCCUCCCGCGAGAAAAGUCAAUGGGUAAAUACUAAAACGAACAUAGUGGCAAAUCUCCCGAAUCUCGCAAGAACACGGCAUUUUGACUAACCCAGGUAAAAACGACUCUGAACUCUCCAUAGGCCAAAAACUCCGUAUCUGGCCUAAUCACGCAUGUAUCGCCGGUGCAGGAUUUGGCUGGUAUUUAAUUGUGGAUGAGACUCGCGAGGGAAAAGAGGAUGAGAUCAUUGAUGUUUGGGUGAGAUGGAGAGGAUGGUAAAACGCAGUUGUUAAGCAAAGAUUAUACAAGAAAGAUGUAUAGCUUUGCCAUGAACUUAAUUGUGCACGUACUAGGUAUUCUACAAUCCAAGGUAUUAUAUCUUAAUCUCAACGCGCAAUUUAAACUCCCCAAACGCCAGGCCAAUUCCAACCUUU